AUGGUUAAGCCAUCUUGGCUGGAAGUUCUUCACCGGAAGCCAUUCUCAUUGUCGUUGUUCGAUCAGUUCACGCCGGCACAUUACGUACCUUACAUCUUGUUUUACAACAAACCCGAUGAUUCCCGUUUUGGCAACACUGCACAAAUCUUGGCCACGGUAAGGGAAUCGUUGAUGAAAGCCUUGGAUCAGUUUUACACUUUGUAUGGUCGGCCGAUCGACAACCUCUGCGUCGGUUGCUACGACAAAGGUGUGCCGUAUGUGGAAGCCAGGAGCAACGCUCGGCUGGCUGAUGUCGUUGCACUGACGGAGAUAGAGUUGUUGAACCAGUUGUUCCCAUGCCAAUGCUUUUGCAGUGUCCCGACUUCGACAUCGCCCCAAAUGGCUGUUCAAGUCACCGUCUUCGGCCGAGGCUCCGACGGAGAAAUACGUGACCCCGACAUGUUUUACGCGGCGUCACGGCUGUUCCCUCCGUCGGAGUCGAUCCCUCGUGACAUAUUGUCUUUCAUCGAAACGGUCCGGUUCCCAGAAGGGUGGCAUACGACUAAAACAUUCUUGGUCCAUGACGAUGCAAUAGCCACCCUAAAGCUCAAAGCUAAAAGCAAACGUCUCGAGCACCCGACACGAAACGUAGCCCUCACAGCAUUUCUAUGGAAACACGCCAUGCUGGCUACUAGAGCAGCGUCGGGACGUUCGAGACCGUCGGUGCUAAUUCAAUCGGUGAAUUUACGACCGAUACUAAAUUUACCCGAACAUGCAAUCGGAAACCUGGUUUGGUUCGCGAUUUCUACAUAUAACCCGAGCGCCACCGCCGCAGACAUAGAGUUAGACCACUUGGCCUAUCUGGUGAGAGAAGCAUUGGAUGUUUCCAAAGAUCAAAUCACACUUCUACAAAGCGGGGAUGUGUUGAAAGUUUUGACGGAAGAAUACAAGAAGGUGGAGGAUUUCGCCUCACAGGUAGACGUGGAUUUCUUCGCUUCCACCAGCUGGUUAAACACUCGGCGGAGACGCCCCAAAUUUCGGAUGGGGACAGCCGAUGUCUUCCGGCAUAGGGUGGAGCGAGACUCGUUACUAUUCAUAUGA